GCAUGAUGAGCGGCGAAAUUGACGCGCUCUACAUAUACGACGAGCUCCACAAUCCUCUUGUCGAACAGGUCUAUCGCUCCCGUCCGCCCUCCGCCGCGGCGAUCCUGCCCCUCUAUCAAGCCCAUCCGGCUCCACGCCCGUCCCUCCUCUAUAUACCCGAUGCCUUACCUCCGGUGACAGUGUUCUCGAUCGUUCAGUCGAAUUUGCUUUUUAUAGCGCUCUCGGAAGUGGAUACCGAUCCGCUUCUUGCGUUGGAAUUCUUGCACCGAGCUGUCGAUGUGCUCGAGGAGUUUAUUGGAGCGCCGUUGCUCUCAUCCAAGCUACAAGCAAACUAUGAUGUGGCGGCGCAGCUGCUCAAUGAGAUGUGCGAUGGUGGGAUUGUUUGCAAUACGGAGCUAAAUGCGCUCCAGGAAGUUGUGCAGAUGCCGGGGUGGAUGGGGAAGUUGUUAGGUGGGGUUGGACUGGCUGGCUCAUCGACACCCAUUUUGGGACCUUCCAAUAUCUCCAAGCCAUCGGUGUCGCCCGCCAAUGCGAACCUAGGUCCCGCGAUCCCGUGGAGAAGGCCCGGAGUACGACAUACAUCAAAUGAACUAUACGUGGAUAUUGUUGAAUCGCUGUCGGUGACGAUGGCGCCGUCAGGCCGAUUACUGUCCGCUUUGGUGUCGGGGACCAUAGUCUUCAACGCUAAGGUCUCUGGUGUUCCCGAACUACUUCUCUCUUUGACAGCACCCGGCGGUCAGCAAGGCAUCGCGCGGAAGGUCGAGCUUCCCGUUUUUCACCCAUGUGUCAAGCUUUCAAGGUGGCGGGAACGGCCUGGGGAACUCAACUUUGUGCCUCCGGACGGUCGGUUUAUUCUUGCAGGCUACGAGGUGAACCUUCUCCCAGUGGAUCCAACCCUCGACGAACCCCCGAGCCACAUGGAGAAGCUUUUCUUGCCAGCAUUUGUCGAUAUCCGAAAGUCACUCGGACCGACAGGCUCGGACUUUGAGGUCCGACUCGUGCUCAACACCAACUUCCCCGGGUACUCUUCCUCAAACCGCCCCGGUGUUGGGCGUGCGGGAUCUGGGACGUCAACACCUUCAUUCCUCGGAGGAGGCGGGAACUCCUCAUUACCGGCUCUCGAAGACGUGGUUGUUUCUGUACCCCUCCCAAAAUCAGUUCGGAAUAUAAUCGACAUGCAAGCUAGCCGCGGAGACGCCAUGUUCAUUCCAGGAAGCAAUACCCUUGAGUGGCGAGUUCCGACAAAAGAUGCCGGGACCGUCUCCGGAACCGCAACCUUACGGUGCACAGUCGCAGGCCAUCAGACGAUGGAUGAUGAUGUCGAAGAUGAUGCCGAAGAAGUCGACACAGAGGCCAAUCUUCUCCAAGGCUACUACGACCCCUCUGCGUCCGCCUCUUACCAGGAUCCAGAUGACACCACAAAACGCAAGACAAAGAAGAAAAAGAAGAAGAAAGGGGUUAAAAAAUCAUCCAAAGCGACAGCAGCUUUGGACCCUGACCGUCCGCACUCAUCCCCGGAUCCAUCCCAACCACAGACCCAGAGCUCCACACCCCACCCCUCAUCCCCCGCGCCCCCAAUCGCCCCCACUUCAUCAUCAUCAUCAUCGCCAUUCUCGAUCUUCCAUACCGCCCCUCGCAAAACCAAAUCACAGCUCAAAGCCGGUCUGAUGCCCAGCUCUGCUUCCGUAUCAUUCUCGGUAAAAGGUUGGCUACCCUCAGGAAUCAAAAUAGACAGCUUGAAUAUCGACCCGCGGCGGAGUCGUGGGUUAGGGGAGGGGGUGAAACCAUACAAGGGUGUGAAGUAUAUGUGCGUGAGCCGGAAGGGGGUGGAAAGGAGAGUUUAGGGGAAUUAUGAUACCGCGC